AUGACCGCCCCUUCGCGGCCCAUCCCGGCCCUGUACACCGUUUAUAUUCUUCGCUCGACGAUGCGUCAUGCCUCGCUUUACAUCGGGUCCACACCAGACCCGCCCCGCCGGCUGAAGCAACACAACGGCGAGAUUCGCGGUGGUGCAGCGCGGACUUCUCGAGUAAGGCUGCGGCCAUGGGAAAUGGUCGGGCUGGUGUCGGGCUUCCCUGGACUGAUUGCGGCCUUGAAGUUCGAAUGGGCACUGACGAAUCCCCAUCGCUCGCUCCACAUCCCGUCAGAAUCACGCUUGACUGUAUCGAAAAAGACAAAGAAGAGCGGCCACUUGCGAAAGCCGAGCAAGAGCAUGCAGUCGAUUCUUGCCAACCUACAUCUGCUCCUGCGCGUGCCCAGCUUUGCGCGCUGGCCGCUGCGACUGCACCUGUUCGUUCCCGAGGUGCAUUCAGCAUGGCAGAAAUGGUGUGCAACGACCGACCUGCCGAUGCCAGAUACCUUUGAGCUCGUCACAGAUUUCGGACCGACAGAGCCCCAACCUAAGCAGCCUCGAGGACGAGCUCGCGACACCGCCGACACGGCGCCUUUGACACCAGAGGACGGAGAAGCGCUGUGGGGAAUACACGCGCUGCCGCUGGAUUACACACCAUUGCGUGACUACGUCGACAAAGCACGUGACAUUUUUACGUUUGAGCGAGAGGGCAGCUGUGCGAUAUGUCACGAGCACAUGCCUUCAGGGCAGGGCCUCUAUGCGGUCUGCCCAAACACGUCUUGUGAGGCCGUAGGACACUUGUGUUGCUGGAGCCAGCACGUUCUCCUCAGCGAGGCCGACGCCGAAAAGGAAGGCAUUCUCAUACCAGUUCGAGGGAAAUGCCCAAAAUGCGACGGGAAGGUCGAGUGGAGUGACAUGAUGAAGGAGCUGACGCUGCGGUUGCGGGCGCCGAAAGAGGUGGACAAGCUGGUCAAGACGAAGCGGCGGCUGGAAAAGGCAGCUAAAAAGGCGGCAGACAGGCCUAGGACUGCUGCCGCAGUCGAGUCGCCGAAGAAGCCGACAGCAGCCACAAGACGGAGCCCUGCAAAGCGCACUGGUAGGGCCGCUAAAGCGCCGAAAGAGACAGCACCCAAGAGGAAGACAAAAGGCAGCACGACAGCCAAGUCAAAGCAGACCAGCUCGCCGGAGGUCAUCGUGCUGGAAAGCAGCGAAGAAUGA